GGAAGAAAAUCCAGUGAACGUACCAAAUAUGGACAUAGCGAGCAAAUACACAUCCACUGUCACGUCGAGCAACGAAUCAAACAUCGUGAGUCAUACCAAAGGUACAAAAAUAACAGCAAGAUCAACGAAAACUUCGAAAGAAGGUGCUUCAAACAGGUUGCCGAUGAAGAAGCGAUUCAAGUGCCAACUUUGUGAUUAUUGCAGUGAUUACAAUUGGUUAAUCAAACGCCACAUGCGGUCUCACACUGGUGAGAAACCAUAUCGAUGUGAUAUUUGCCGCAAAGGAUUCACAACUCUGCAACACAUGAAAAAACACAAAAUUACUCACACUGAUGAAAUUCCAUUCCAUUGCCGUGGUUGUUUCAGUGGAUUUUCCCUGGAGGUCGACCAAAAAGCCCAUUAUAAAGUGUGCAAAUCACGUCGAUAUGAAUGCCAUUUUUGCAAGAAGUAUGUCGGUCUGGAUAUAACCCAUUUGAAAAUUCAUAUGCGAAAACACAACGGUGAAAAACCGUUUCGAUGUCGAAUUUGUAUGAAGGUAUUUGUACGAAAAUAUCAUCUGAAAAGGCAUCAUAUGCGUAUUCACACCGGUGAGAAACCAUAUCGAUGUGAUAUUUGCCAAAAAGGAUUCACCGAAGCAAAAGGCAUUAAGAGGCACAAAGUGACUCACACUGAUGAAAUUCCGUUCCAUUGUCGAGGUUGUUUCACAGGAUUUUCCCAGAAGACAGAUCAAGAAGCCCAUGAAAAUGUGUGCAAGUAUCGUCGAUAUGAAUGCCAUAUCUGUAAGAAGUUUGUCACCGCUAACAAAAAUAAUUUCAAACAGCAUAUGCGAACGCACAACGGUGAAAAACCAUUUCGCUGCGAGAUUUGCAUGAUGCGUUUUACACAGAAAGGUCAUCUGAAGAAGCAUUUGAACCACAUUCAUACCAAAAUCAACCCAUAAAUCCAAUCACCUAAUAUAUCUUAUCUUCUUCAUGAUUUCAAAUAAACGUUGAAGAAUCCAGUCAAUCAAUAAAACAUUUCCACAU